CUGGGGUUGCCGUGGUAACGGGAGCGGGGCCCGGCCGGGAACGGGCCCGAACAGCGGGGUCCUACAGUGACACUGCCUGUGCCUCUCUAACCGUGCUGGCCCCCAGGAUGUGCUGUGACUAAGGCACAUUUCAGCACAGAACACUCCUUUUCCUCCCUGCCGCUUCAACUUGUGAAUAUCUGACAGCGCAAACGACUUCUGGAAACUCUCAUCCUAAUUUAGAAAGAGCUCCAGUUCUCACCGUGUUCCCUGUCACACCUUCUUGCUGAUUUUACAUGCCCAGGGGGGAUAAAGUUGCAUGAAGAGGACAAACAAAAUUCGCUUUAACUCUCAAAGGUUAACAGGGCUGGCGUGAACCAUCAGCGUGAAACAUGGGAUGAAUUCUUCAAACAUGGAAUACACUUUGGUCUCUUCCCCGCACUCCUACACCAGGAAUAACAUCCAUGUCCCUCCAAAAGUCCUCGUGCCCCCCGUUUUCCAACCUGCCAGCUGGGAAAGGGGAGGGAGCUCUGCCUCCAGUCUGGAGGAUUCCCAGGAAUCCUACUCCGAGAGCCUGGAAAAGGAGAGGCAGUACCAGCUGGGACUGCAGCAGAGGAUCCUGGAGAAUCAGGAGCUGGUAGGGCAGGAUGCUGGUGACAUCCUGGAGGAUGACAGCUUGGAAGAGGACAGCUUGGAGGAGAUGAGUUCUGAUGAGAGAGGAGCUGAGUAUGACACAAAUAAGGAAGGAGGACAAAAGAUUUCCGGCGGUGGAAGGAAAAAACUGCCUGUGGACAAAUAUUCCAGCCUGAGGUACAAUCCUCAUUGGAAGAGUGCAAAAAAGGGAGCAGAAUUUUUUAAGGCAGAGAAGGAAUCCCAAAUUUCUGGAGGAAGCAGUGGGGACUUUUCACUGGAUUCAUUUCAUCUCCAUUCCGAUGGAUCCUCGGAAAAUAAUCACCAGGAGGCAAAGAACCAGGAUUCACUCCCAGAGUUUGGUCCAGAAUUAUCCAGCUUUUAUGGAGCAACUGCGGCCAGCAGCGAACCUGUUGGGCCACAGGGCAAAAAGAAGGAACCUGCAGAUGGAUUUCAUUCCAAAAUUAAUCCUGGCCGUGCUUUUCCUUCUCAAAAUCAACAGGAUCCACCCCAAAGAGCCAAAAAAGACUUUGUGAAAAAAAAUAAGCGGACUUUAGGGCUACAGUCAGGGAAGAUGAAUUCCUAUCUUGAGCUGCACAAUAAAAAGCAGCAAGUUCUUCAAGGGCAGGAGCAGCACAGGUUCUCCCAGAGAAAUCAAACAGCAUCCAGCCAGACUCUCAGUGGAGGAGCUUUCCCAAGGAAUGAUGGCUCAGAACCCCCAGGAAAAGCAGCAGAAGCAAAGCCUUGGCACCAGCAAAUCCCAGGAUUUCAGACUGCUCCCACUACAAUGGAGCAGGAUCACAGCUCAGCGCUGCGGGGAUACCUGAAUCCAAGUUCUUCUGUCUGCCCUGACCCAGCAGAAAAAUCCCAGAGUGACUUCAAUGAUUUCCCAAAUUCAAUCCUCACCACAACAGCCCAUCAUUUUCUCCCAAUAUUCCAGAAUUUUUACCCAGCAGAGGAUCCAGAGGAUCCCAGUAAGGAGAACAAGAAAUGCCAGCACGACUCUCCAGCUGGAAUUCCACAUCGACACUCAGCCAGUGCCAUCCCUGGGCAGCAUUUUUCCAAGAAUAACAGCAUCAGUGGCCAGGCACAUCCAGAACUGGGGAAUAUUUCAUCUGAUUUUAAUGGAAUUCUUCAAGAAAGGGUGGUGAAGGCUCAAGCACCACUUCAAGAUUUCAAAAAUCACAUCCAUGAGGAUAACAGGUAUCGGAACAGCUUGUGUUCACCAACGGCUUCUUGCAGAACCUCCCAUUUUACAGAAAAGAAGGAGCAGCACAAGCCAGGGAUUUCUGAUUUUAGAGAUGAAUUUGCUGGCACGUGGCUGUGGGGUUUGUUCCCUCCUGCCCGGCCCCAGGUACAGAGGGGUUCACAGGGAGAUUUAGGAAGAGCUGAAGGAAAUCCAAGGAAAACGAGACGAAGCAACUCAGAAGGAUCUCUCCUGCAAAUGGAAAAGCAAAGCCGGGCCAAAGCCAACAAGAAGCUGAGCAGUUCCAAGCUCUACAUCAAUCUGAAUGUGAAGCUUGGAGGCCUUGGACCUGACUAUGAAGCAAUCAAAGAGAAAAAAGAAAAGCUAAAGCUGCAAAAGGAAUAUUCCAGGCAAAUUAAGGAAUAUAACAUGAGGAAUAUUACCGUGGUUCAGAGGUCGCCUGCAAAACCCCAGGUGUCUUCAGUGUCCAGGCAGAAGGCUCUGGAAUACGCCAAGAAGAUUCCAAGACCGAAGACUUUCCUUACGAAGCAAUCAGAGCAAGAGGUGAAAGGGGUUCUGCCCCAGGCCCCAGCUGGAACCAGUUUGCCCCCAGUCCCAUCCCUGGAAUCUUUGUGGAGCAGGCACGAGAAGGAGAAGGAGCUUGUGGCUGCUUUCAAAGCCCUUCAUAUCUUAUAGAUAUUUGGGAAAUCUCCAGGAUUUGAGGUUUCCCAAAACGCCUGAAUUGCUUUAUUGUCAGUUGUGACCUCCCCGUCUUGAUUUCCCAGCCCACAGAAAUUUAAACUGGCUUGAGUUGAAUUCUUUUUAAGUGUUAGAAGUGGUUCUGCUUGUACCUAUUUUGUUUAAUAAAGUGACCAUUUGCGCUUACAGCACUU